AUGGUCAGAUUCACUGCCAUCAACGAGGAACCACAAAUCGAGGCUGAAAAGUCCACACACGAAGUCCUCAUCGAGAAUGCGCUCAAGACAUACCAAUCCGCCCUCGCAGCCCAACAAGCUGGGAAUUUUGCGUUGGCGGAGAGGCUGUAUGCGCAGGUUAUCCAGAGUGAUCUCGUUCAGGAGGAGUUGAUUGACGUUUGGGAAGAGGAGGAGGUUGUUCAUGAGUUGAACGAUGAGGAGGAAAGUGAUGUGGAGGAGGGGAGGGAUGCGGGGGUACCGUUGCCGGUGCAGAAAAAGGUUGAUCCGCCAUUGCCGCCGCUGCUACUUCUUCGAUUUUUGGCGUUGAAAAAUUAUGCGACGUUUCGGCUUGAGCGACUCUCCAAAGAUCCAAGUUUUCUACCAAAUCAGACGCGGGCGGAGACCUUACGAUCAGCAUUGGAGGAUUUCACCUCGGCGUUGUCAUGCGAAGAUACAGACCCAAGCGUGUGGAGAAGUGUCGCAGAAUUGGCAGCUGCACUGGGCUCGACGAAAUUGGAGAGAUUCGCGCAGGAAAGCAAUUUCGCAUUCAGUGUGGACCUCAACCAAGACGCGGAAGAAAUCAAAGACCUCAAAGUCGGUCCAGGAGGAAUCAGCGCCGCUCUAGACCUCCUCGGCGCAAUCGAUCCCUUAGAGGACGGAUCAGCCGAUAUGCGAGACGCCCUCCUCUCCAUCCUCAAAGCAAACAAAAUCAAACCCCCACCAACCAAAGUCUUCAAAUCCCACCCAUGGCUAGCAACAGAACUAGCCCUCCCACCACCUCCCCUUGCCGAAACCCUUCACGCAACACAAUCCUUCCCCCUCAAAGUCCGUCUACAAAAGCAGACUUGGGCGGAACUGGGUAAACGUCUCCUCGAGGCCUACCACUCCGCGAUCCCAGCACCGAGCGUCUCGAUCGAGAUGGCGCCGUCGAUAUUGAGUACGGAGGUUGAGGAUGUCGUUGUGUCGCGAUCGCCUGAGCAGCCGAGGCGGCGGUCGUUGGUGCCGAUGGAGACGUAUACGGAUGUUGUCCGACCGAAAGACGAAUCCCCUGAAGCGACCAUGAAUGAACCAGGCUCCUCGGAUCGGAAGAGGAGAUCCAGUGUCGAUGCUACAGCUGCGACACGAGCGAGUAAACGUGCGCGUGGGACGGGUGUUGUCAUACCUGCGGAAGAGACGGGGGGGAUGCAGACGCUGUAUGAACAGGAUCUCCAAUUCGUAAUUUCGUUGAAUAUGAUUUUGGGGCGGAUCGAUAUGAGUUUGGGCGAGCCUGAGCAGAUCGGUGUUCAGGCAGGCGCGUCGUCGGAUAAGACACUCAACGAGUUCCGUGAGCUAUUGAAGGGAUGGACAGAAGCUGAUGCACGAGCUUGGUCCGCGACCGGCGCCGCCAAAAAACCCGACGUGACCGCAUCCGACACUUCGCUUUUCGACCUCGCUGCCGCUGAUCCCCCACGGUCUGCGAUCGGUGCGGAGGAUAUGGAGGGUUUGUUGAGGUUCAUGGAGCAAGCCAAAGAGAAGGGGAUGGCCGUCGUGGAGUGUUGUCUUGCCUGGCUAUGUGCCCUCACCCGCCAACACGACGCAGGCGUCCGAAGUGCCUACGAACGCGAUGGAUGGGAUCACGGUUUAAAGAACGUCGUCACAAAAGUCGCCAUCGCGCUCGAGACACACUGUUUAGAUUUCCUGAAGGGGUCGAGGAGGGAUGUAUUGACCCUCUCGUGGGCACAGACGUUGUAUGAGAUUUAUUUGGAUGCGGUUAUGGAGGAGGAAAGAGGAAGGAAGAAGGAGAAUCCUAUCACAGACUUCACUAGCAGGGAUACAUUGGUGAGGUGGGGUGGUCUCGUACAGGAUCUAUUGGAGGAGGUCGAGAUAGCGGAUCGAGCAGAGGUUGGACUUGGGCGUGAGGUUGAAUUACGAUACAUCUGGGCUAGCACCAUUUUCGCGCAGGUCGCGGGUGCGCCGCAUGGUGAUAUCCUGAAACGGUACGAGGAUAUCAUAGUUACACUCGAGGCUGAAGGACAGGGGUUCGAGGUUGUCCUGCCGAAUUGUCAUUCGUUACCGAAAGUUUCGGCUGCGAAAGCGAAUCUUGAGAUUCAGAAGUUUGAAACGAUGGAUUAUUUCGUUGGGAUUUUCCAGACGUCGAGGGAUAAGAACUCUACCGAGUCCAUCCGCGAAUUAGAGGCGAUAUUGUUGCCGUCUGCAGCGUCGGAUGGGGAUCAUCAGAUGCAGCUCAUUUUCCAGUUCUUGGAGUCGAGUUCCCUGGAGUUUCGGUUGUAUCUAUGGAAGGUGUUGGAGGAGGCGUACUCGGUGAAUUUGCAGGCUGAGAAGGCACUUGAAUGUAUGUUUGAGAGUUUGGGGUUGAUGGUGCAGGAGAUGCAGAAGGAUUCGGCUAAGAAGGCUGCUGAGACUGAGAGGCGGUUCUUGCUUUUGAGAAAUUGGCGGGUUGUGCAGGAUGUUAUCACUCGUGCGUCUAACACCGUACAUAACAACCCUAUUGUCGCGGAUUUUGAUGGUGAGAAGACGGCGGCGUUCAUUGGGUCCUUGUUAUGCGUGCUUCGGUUGUUGCUACACUUUGCAUUAUACGAGGAUGCUGUGGAUGGUGGCGCUUUGCCAAAACACGGAGAUGCAAUAUUUGGAAGGUUCAGAGACAGCUUGAGGGAUCUGCUGGUCAGAUCAUGUAACCUUCUCUACUUCCUCCUUCACCGUGCUUUGAACUGCAAGGUGUCGCCAAGUAACACGAUUCCGGAUUUGGAACUCGCUCACGCUGAGGCUUACCCCGUUUUGAGCACGCUUUUGCGGGUUCUACAUGAUGAGUUGGGGAGCCGAAGUUAUUGUUCAUUGGCCGGUGGCAUGUUUCUACAACUUCUCGAACAGGAGCUUCUGCGGCUCGAUAGGCCGGAUGACAGGUUUGAGUUCCUUCAGUGUCUGCAUUGUCGUUAUGAAAUGACCAUGAGCAUGGACAACUUUCACGCGUUCGAGCAUCAUGCGAAGCCCAGCAAGCUGGAAAGGAAUGAUGCCUUGCGAAUUGCACCCUUCAUCAUGAGCUCGAUCAGGCCGACUAGCACGAGAGAAUAUAUUGUUCGAAACGAUAUCAAGGCCGCUCUGGAACAGAUUUGCCAGGCGUUGGCGUUCCCUCCAGCAGUCACGGCUGUCACUGUGAACAACCAAAUCAUCGGUGGGUAUUUGGAAAGCAAAAUCGAUCCCCUGUGGUUCUCCGACUGCAGGAAGGGAACGUUGGCUUUAUCGACCAUGCCCGUCGUAUCGAUGCGACAUGAAGAAGCUGUCCGUGAACUUUAUCUACUUCAAGCUCGAGUGCUGAUGACGCAACAUCGUUUGCGCGCCAAGCAGACGCAGGUGAAGCCUACAGAUGACCUUAUCGCGGCGCGAGGCUAUUUCAUGCUGGAUUUGUCAAUCAAUCCCGACCGUUUUGAUUCGUGGUAUGGACUGGCACAAACCUAUUCCGGCGUCAGCGACAAUGAACUGGCCACCUCCGCCGAUAACAUUCUGAAGAAAUAUGAUGAGAUCGUGGAGUUACAGAAGAAAGCAAUUCUCUGUUACAUGAUGGCUAGAAGCACUUCAAUGAGAUGCCAGACGGUUGAUCCGGGAUAUUUCCAGCAAUUUAUGCUGGAUUUCGGCCAGCAGCUUUACAUCGCGAGUCGUGAACCGACCAGGAUGUCCGCUUUUAUUGUGGACAUCGUGGAUUGGCAGGACCCCUCUCCCACCGUCGCCGACUCUGAGGAAGCGAGUGUCAAUCAGGGCGCUCCGGACAUCAGGUCUAUCAAUCGCAUUGAGAAGAAGAUGUGUAAAAGGGCACCCAUACGCCUUGCAGCGGAUUGUUUCUCCAUUGCAAAACAGUUGAACCCGCAGGACUGGCGAGCGCCCUAUAUGCUUGGCAAGUGUCUUGCACGUUUGGGUAAACAACCUGAGCUGGUACUGGAGCAAUAUGUCAUUGCGUGUCAGGUAGCUCCGGAGAAAAGCCCGGUCACACAGGAGCUCGUUAUCGAUCCGCAUUACAAAUUCAUAUCGCAGGUAUUUAAGUACGUGUGGAUCAAGAAAACCGUAUCGGUCGAAGACGGCUGGAAGUAUCUUGACUACACACGUUACCGUGGCGCCAUCACUGCAGGCGAAGGCGAAGUGAACUCCUACAGACUUUUCUUCAAGCAAGUGUAUGCAAGCUUGUUGACGAUAAAGGACGCUGAUAAAAAGCAUUGGCAUCACCGUCCCGUCUAUCUUUGGGCGAAGCUUAAUGGCGAGUAUGGGGAAAACCCCAUCGGUGCCAAGACUGAGCUUCAGCAUUUGUUCGAGAAGGGUUCCGUGUGCAAAAUUUGGCGCACAGAGUUUGAGAGACCUGGUCGACAUUACGUCUACAACCAAAGAUAUACGGCUUUGCUCAUCAAGUACGCAAGUCAAUCAGGCGAUGUUGAUACACUGAGAGCCAUUGCAAAGAAGCUCAGGAAAGGGUCCGCAACAAUGACAAACCAUAAGGAGGUUUGGGACUACUUGUGCGAGAAGUACCUCGAAGCCCUGCGUCAUCGAUGCCACUUCUCGGUCCCCUCGUCCCUCUUGCAAGAUUCAUGCACGGUUGAGAUCUUCAAUCAAGCUGCGCAGGCCCUUGAAAAUGCCUAUUCAACCCCAGGGGUCAUGUCGUUGGAAUUUGAUGCCAUGAAGGACAUCAUUGAACUCAAAAAGCUCAACGCUGGUUUCUAUGAGGACGUUGAUGUCUUCGAUGACCGAAUCAUCGACAUUUACAGUCAACUCAUCCAUCGUUUCUUGCCAUUGCAGCAGCCCAGCGCACCUACACCUGGCCAUGCUAAUGCUAUGUCAUUGUCAAGUAUCAUGACACCAAGGCCUUCCCCCGCGUUCCCGCCCGUAGCUACGAUGGGUAUGCCUUUCCAGGUUACUGUGGGCAUGCAAGCUCAAACGAAUUCACCAAGCAUGCCGGCGACUCCGUCUGUGCCGCAGUCGGCUCCCGCUCCUGAAGCGGCAGAUGUGAAGACCCCAGUCAAGAGUAACAAGGUGACCAGAGCCAUGAUCCUCCAAAAGGCAGCAUCGUUAGGUAAACCAAAAUCUCGAAAGGUGGAGAAAGUUGCCCAAAUACCGGAGAGCUCGCCAAUUCCUACCGUCCUCCAGUCGCCAGUCGUGGAACAAACACCACACUUCUCGAUACCAUAUUCGUAUGGACCUGGUCAGCACUCAGGUUCUUCGACUCCAGUACGGGAGGCACCACCGCAAUACCCUGGCAUUGCACAAUAUUUCAUGCCUAGCCAAGGCAAUCAGGGACCUCCACCACCACAAUAA